GACUCAGUGGAUCUGGAGAGGCAGCGUGUGACAGAUGCACUUCUCUCCCCAGCCCUCACCAUCAGACCAGCGGCUCCCUGCCAUUGGCUCCGUGCAGUGGACCGGCAACGCAGAGAGCGCUAUAACAGCAUGUCUGCCUCGGCGAGCGCCGCGUUCCCUUCUUCAGCCGAGGACGGCCGCGGAAAGAGCGGGAGCUCCCGCACUUCAGGCAGAGCGGAGUGAGCCGGCGGCAGAGCAGCACAGAGAGACCGCGCUGAGAACGCCUGAGAAGGGAACCGAGCGUCGCAGAGCCCCGAGCCCAUCGCCACUCCGGCUUUCCCUGUGAUGUUCCACGCUCUCUGAAGACACCCCCCUCUCCUCUCCUCCCCUCCCCACGCUGAAAUGAGAGAAACUCCCCCACUGAUUGAGCAAGAGGACUGACCCAUGGCUUCGAUCACAGAAAGGGGAGUGCACUUCUGUUGAUAAGUGGAGUUGUGGACCUCCCCCUACCCUUCACUCGGGACAAAGUUCGCUCUCGCCCAUCAGUCCGGACUGAGCGCACCUAGUGCCUGGAAGCAGCAGAUCUCCCAUGGCUUGUUACUACAUCGUCAUCAGCUCCACGCACCUCAGCAAUGGCCACUUUCGGAACAUCAAAGGAGUUUUCCGAGGCCCACUCUGCAAGAAUGGAAACAAGAACUUGGAUUAUGCAGAGAAGGAGAGGACGAUGGCCAAAGCCCUUGAGGACUUGAAGGCCAACUUCUACUGCGAACUGUGUGACAAACAGUAUUACAAACACCAGGAGUUCGACAACCAUAUCAACUCAUAUGAUCAUGCCCACACACAGAGGCUAAAAGAGCUGAAGCAGAGGGAGUUUGCCCGGAACGUGGCUUCAAAAUCAAGGAAGGAUGAGAGGAAACAGGAGAGAGCCCUCAGACGUCUGCACGAGCUGGCAGAGCAGCGCAGGGAAGUGCAAUGCGCCCCUGGCAGCGGCCCCAAGUUUAGGUCCACCACAGUAGCAGUGGAGGGCAGCUCUCGAGAAGCCUGCUGUGAGGAGAACAUAGUGGGAUCACAGCCUGCCACGGCACUGGACACAGGGGCCCAAAAUGAUGCCUCCAACACCAGCAGCAGCAAGCAAGUCCAGUGGCCCUACACUGGCAAGGUCAAAAAACAGAUGCACAGACAAAAAAUCGCUUUUUCCAUCUCCCUCCCGAAGAAGGCAUCCAUCCGACUGGAGUCAUCGGCUGCAGUGUUCUGUGAGAACACAGAGGAGGGGUUGGCAGAGCGGAGCUCCCGGCAAAGGCUCCGAGCAGCUGCUGCCGAGCUCAAUAUCCUGUCCACUCCUGCUGUGGAAAAAGCGCUAAAUUACAGAGAGACGAUUUAUGGUGCCAACACACAGGAGGACCUGGUCAGCCAGGAAAAUAUCUGUCCACAGACUCACGCAACUUCUGAGGUGUCUGCAAAUCAAGCCAGCUCAGAAGUAACUUCUGAUUUGUGCGCUUUGCUUGUUUACUCAGAUGUAUCCAGCCCUUGCAUCUCCCCAUCCACUUUUCCCUUCAACUUAAAUGAUGCAGGCAUUGUGCUGCAUAUGGAAGACUCACAGGAAUCUUUAAAAUGUGAAAAGACAGAAAAGAAAAGUGAAACUGUACAGGAAGUUGGUAUCGAGCCAAAAGCGUACAAAGGUGUUGUGGAACAAAGCCACCCCCUCAUUAGUGAUUCCCAGCCCUCAAAUGAGGCCAUGGAAGCCACUGCUUCCUGUAUGGGGAAUGAGGUGGACAUGGGUUCUGGGGCACCGCUUCCUUUCACAAAGCCCAGCCAGCCUUUCUGCUCAGUGCUGAGCAAAGACGGGAACACCGUGCUGCAGUGGCCCUCUGAGAUGUUGUCCUUCACGAGAGCGGUGCCAUCUCUGUCCUUCAGCUGUAACCCCCUCCACUUCGACUUCCGGGCAUCCAGGAACCGAGCUGAACAAGGAAAUGGUGGGGCCAAGGUGAGUGAGACAAACAACGUGACUGUGUCACAGAAGCCCCACGAUGGCAGAGCGCCCGGCAGCUCAGGAACACCUUUACACUUUGAUAAGCACAUCGAGCAAGCACAUGAUUCAGACAGCAGCCCUGCUCGGAGAGACUCCCAUUUGCCAGGCUCUUCAGGGCAUCAGGAUCUGAGUGCACCCAUGGGAGGUAAGAAUGACCAUUAUGAAAAUGACAGGGCAGGCUGUCUGAGACAGCUAAAAAGGUACGGAAAGCAAAAACAAAAAUGUUUUAGGAAGCCAUCAAAAGAGUGGACUCACUCCUGCAAAAGAGCCACAGAGAAAUCAUGGGACAGAAACAUCCGACAAGAAUACAGGAGCCACAAAAGGAGGAGACGGAGGAGGAGGAGGGAGACGUGCAGGGGUGCUGGCAGGUAUGACAGUGACACAGAAAAAUCCACAAAUUUCCACAAACAGCCUGAGUGCUGGGAUGGAUUUGAUAGCCAAUUUUGCAGCAACACUUUACAACAAGUGCAGCCAUUAGAUGAGUCAAAGCAAUCACCUCAAAAUCAAGAAGAGACCAGCAGUGAUGCUAGCAAAGUAGACACCACAGGAAGCGGGAGGUGGAAAACUGCAGGUGGCAUAAAUGUCACAGCAGGCAGUCAACUUCCUUCCAGUGGCAACCACAGCAAUGGUGGAGUGCUACAGGGCCAUGGUGAAACAAACCUGCAAGAUGCCUCAGAGAAGCAGGCGGGUGUCAUAGAAAGCUGCCCAGACCACCUCCUCUUGCCUCAGACGGAGGAACACGGCACAAUGGAGGCACAAUCCCUGUGCUGUGGUCACAUUUUGCACCAAAACUGUUCCGUGAAGAGGAAAUGUGGAUCUCUGAGCGAUGAGGAAGAAGAGGGUUGUCGGCCUCCAAUCACAUGUCGCUUGUCAGCGGGUGGAUCUGGUGGGCUAGAGUUAUUUGCCAAGGUGGAUGAAUCUGAGGGUGAUUCUAGGAUCUGCUGCAGGCUGGAAAGGAUAAGGAAAAGACAGAGGGCUUCCUUGGCUAACCCUAGCCCAGUUACUGACCAGGGGGCAGCUGAUAAUGAGAGAGGCAUGCUGACAGUGGCUGUGGAAAGUAUCUCUGUAAGUUCAGCCAUUCGGCACCCUGUGCUUGAGAAGGCUCUGACUAAUGCGCUAGAAAAAGAAAUGAAUGAAAGUUCUAAAAGCCCAGACAAAGCCUUACUUGUUGAUGGGGGUCAUGACAGCUAUUUGUUUGAUUCCUUGACACAGGGUCUCCCAAUAGUAAAGUGUACUGAGCAGACUGGUGGCUCAUCUGGUGCUCAGAACAGGGCUGGAUGUCCCAGGCCAAGUCCUAAUAUAUCUACACUCACCAGAGACCACCAGAAUCCAAUAGAGAACAUGAGCACCCGGAAUGACGUCAGGAGUGCCAGCCCCUUUCACAACACUGAAUCUAAUGUAGAAUCUAGCAACACACAGAAUGAUGAUGGGCCUUCCACCAAGGCCAAUUGUUGCCAACAGGAAGUGAGGAUAGCUAUGCAGCAGAAUUCCGAAAUCGCAAGCCACCGCAAAUCAUUUCAGCACAACUCUCGGAGCCAGCCUCCAAAAAGGCACCUUGGCCUCGCAGGUCAGGAGGUGAAACUGAGUCAUGAGGGCCUCAGGUUUGAAAAUGUGGGUGGAGCCUUCCACCAAACUCAACAAGGUUUCCAGCGUUCCUCAGACUCAAUUGAGAAACACUGCCUCCUUCAGGCCCAGCCCCACAGGCGAGCGCUGCGGCCACAUGCUCGAUUUCAUGGCAAGCUGAAACCGGUACUGUCUGGUCCGCCCAUCCAGGUCCCCUCUCCAAUUCUGCAUCCCGUCCAUCUCCCCCAGCCCAUGUCCUCCACCUCCAUCACCAUUCGCCACACCAUCCUCCAGCAUCAUGCCACCCUCCUGCAGCCCCAACCCCCCCUUUUUUCCCAGGUCUUCCCCAUUACCCCUCCACCCCUGGCAGCGGAGAUGUGCCCCCCAGGACCCUCUGCAUUCAUGCCGCCGCCUGAGCUCUCUGUUGUGGCCCCAACCGGUCUGCACCCGGUGGCCAUGACGCUCCAUGCCCUGCCCCGCCCAGGGGUUUUCCCCCCCAUGCUCGCCCCACAUCCAGCCCUCUUCCCACUGCAGCCUCUGUUCUGAGUACAUGACAUUAUCUAAAUGAAUCUGCAUCAGCGUCCAUUAUGUACAAGAUCAUUGUGUACACUUUGUAAACCACACUAAUAACACCAUUUUGUUUUGGUACUUUGGAAUUGUCUUGAAAUGAAUGAACCACAUAGCUGACAAAGUCUGUCUUUGCUUAAUCAUUGCCCAGCAUGAGACAGUAUACAUACUGUAUUUUCAAGGACCUUUUGUGUUAUUGGAUAAAGCAGAUCAGUUUUGUUUGUUUUAUUUCCAUUAUGAAGACAAUCAUGCAUCAAAGUAGACCAUAGAAAUACAUCUGAUAUUGAUAUAUAUGAAUAUAUCUGACAGGUCACAUACUCAUGACCAGAUAAAUUAAUGCCACUGUCCUAUGUAUUUUUACUUCUCAUCAAGUGCUGUGGCAGACUUCAGGACAAUGCAAUAUUACUGUUAUGGUUUUUGUAUGACCACAGCAAGUACUAAGUGCAACAAGUUAAUAAUUUAAUAUAUCAUCAAUAUUAUUUUCAUUUUUAUAGAUGUAUGUGUUUUAUGCCUUUGAACAUGAAAUGACACUAAUUCAUGUUCUUUAAAUGUGCUUUGUCAAGGUUUGCAGGAAGACUAUAAAAGCACUUGACCACUGAAACCACUGAAAAACAUGAGAACCCAGGUAACAAAUCAGGAGAGGCCACUCCAGUUUGGCCUGGUGUGCUCUGCAGUGCGACAUAGUGGGCUUCACUGUCAGUAGGACUGACCGAGGAUCCAUGGCUUACUGUUAUAUAAGGACCCCUCAGCUACUCAUUUGAUUCCAAAAAGUUAUUGGUUAGUCUGUAAUUUCUGUGGGGUAUAAAAUAGUCUCUAGGUUGUGGGCAAAGGUUUAUUGGAGAAAUGAAAUUUACACAAUUCAGCUGCAGUCUUCUCUAUAUAUGCGCUGGAGGCACAGUGAUGACAAGAAUAUAGUAGAAUUAUCAAAAACAAAGAGGGGAAAGGGGGAAAUGGAACUUUAAAAAGAAAACAACUUAGCAUUUAUUAUUUUUUCUGAGUGUUGUAUGUCUGAAAAGUUUCAAAAUAAGACUGAGGUCUGCAUCAAAUCAUAGGUAUAAUGUCAUUGUUAUUAGAGGAGAAACAAGUGGCCAAUUGUCUUUUAUAAUCUGUUUGUGAACCUGGUAACAAGUGCCAGCCUUUUAAUGGAUCUGUGACCUUCUACUUGAUACAGAGAACUGUUUGAAUGCACAAUGUUAAUGACUUCUGCAACAAACUCAAUCUGCUGUAAUAAGAAAAACUGUACAUGUUGUACAUUAGACAUGUUUAUAAUCCACUUGUAAUAUUUAUUGUAAAAUACGUUCCUGUUUCUAUUGUGUAAGUUACUCAGUAUGUAUUAAAUAUUUAGAUAAAAUAAAACAACUAUGUUUUUUACCCCAGUUUGCCAACAGACUAAUAAUAAAGUAAAAUAAUAAAUUCAAUAAUAAAUGAAAUUCACAAAU